ACAGGACUAUGAAGAGCUAGAAAAGCAGCUGAAACAAGUCUUUAAGGAGCGAAGCACCAUCCUCCGUCAGCUGACAAAGACAUCAAGAGAACUUGAUGGAAUUAAAACCAACCUUCAGAAUUUGAAAAACGAUGAGAUAUCUGCUAAAACUGAUGUUCAGAAGCUUCUGGAAAUAGGUCAGAAACAAAGAGAACAAAUGAAGGCUCUGCAGGAGGCCCUGGAAAAUCAGCUUAAGGAGACAGCUGACAAAGCAGAAAAACAAGAGGCUACUAUUCAUUUUCUAAAGACUGAAAUGGAAAGAAAGAGCAAAAUGAUUCGAGAUCUCCAGAAUGAGCCCCAGCGUGAUCCAUCACCUCAUGUGACCUUGGUUGGCUACAAAGGGCCGCCUCUGCAGUCACUGUGA